CUUGGGGUGCAUGCGCAGAGAUCCUGUUGGGUUUCAAUAUGGCGGCUUGUCUGGUUGGCCGGUAGAAGCUACAGCAGAUAAUUGAUCGAGUUUCUCUUUAUUUUACUGCUUUUAUUGUUUGUUUUUGGGAAUUUUUUUUGUAGUGUUUAUAUUCCUGGUGUGAUAGGGGCCCUUCGUAGAUGCCAAUUCUUCGGAAUUACUCCCACCUCGAAGACGGAGAUAUGUCGCAGGAUAGUGAUAAUACCGAGCACAGCUCAGUUUCUGGAGACAGUGGAGCUGAUCACAGUGACAGCGAUGACUCCUCCACAAUGGAUGAGGACGACAAUGAGAGGAGGAGGAUCGAGUGUCAGGAGAAGGUCGAUGUGCUUGAGAGGCAAUUUGGAUUGCUCAAGGAACAGCUUUAUCACGAGCAAAUAGCUCAACUGAACCUGAAAGUCCAGGAGAUAGAAAACGAAACCGCCGAGGAAUACUCAGUGCCCCUGAUAGAUCUCCAGGAGAAGAUGGAGACGAAGAUAGAAGUGGCAGAGGUGCUCCAGCAGAUGAGACGUAAGAACAUUCAGCACAAGUACGAGGGGGAGAAAAAAGCAGCUGAAGACAACUUGAAGAACGAGAAGACUAUUCUGAGGAAUUCGAUAUACAGUGAUCUCCAGGAGAAAAUCCGGAGGCUGGAGGAAGAUAAGAAUCUUGUGGACAUUCAUGAGGACUUGUGGCUGAGCUCCACUGGUAGAAGAAGAAGAGGACUCAACAAAAGAAGACGCACUGUUUACGUAACAGGACCUUAUAUCGUCUACAUGCUCGAUGAACCUGACAUCCUGGAGGAUUGGGCGCUAAUCAGAAAAAGUCUGAGCAGUCGAAAUGCCGGCAUAAUGCUUCACAACCGUACGAGAGGUUUUUUCGGUUAUUGGGUAUUUAUGGGGAGCAUUCGUCAAUUAUGAUGGGUUGAUGUUUGGAAAGUUCCUUCUGAUGGGAAUUUUUCGAUUCCACGAGGAGAAAUAUUCAAUAACAAUGACCUAUCGACUUCAUAAUCACAUGUGGAGAGCACUAAUGAGCAUUUUCCCUGAUUUUUGCGGGGAAAAGUCGAGAUAUUAACAUCAAAGCGAAGUCAAUAAACGUCCAACAGACGGAGAAAAACAUUCAAUAAAAAUUACGAUUCAUUUUCGGUUUUUUUAUCUGAAAUUUCGCUUCAAAAUUAUGAUUUCAUCAUUAAAAUUUGUUCAGUAAUUUCUGUAAUUGGUUAACUUGAGUUCUGGAAUUUUUAUUAAAUAUUUAAUUCCAUGCGAGAAUUACAUCACGAGCCUUUCGUAUUUGUUAUCAGGCCUUUAUAAUCGCUCGUGAAGUACAGAACUUGCACGUAAUUUUUAUUUAUUUUUUCCCUGCGUGCGGUGAUAGAGACACACGCGCCGACCAUUCAGCGGAAAAAUAAUUAAAUUGCUUGGAUAUCAUUAACCGCGAUGAAAUAACCAUUUAUCAGUUGACAAUUUUCCCACCAAUAAUUGUCCCCACAUCCAUCCCAACUAAAAAAAUAAACCGACAAAUUUCCCGGAGGUUUCGCUUUUCCCUCGCGUCUGUCUAUCAAAUGGAAAACCGAAAAAGCCCUUUGUAAUUAACGGAUACAAUGUAAUUUGUUAUUUCCAAUGGAAUAACAUUUUAGCCACAACUGCAAAUGCUACCCCAUCCCGGCAAACAAAUUUUCCUCGAUUAAUGGAACGCACGCCACCACCAUUAUCAAAUAAAUAUCCAUUAUAACCGUUCACUGACA